AUUUAUUAUAGAUAGUUAAAAAAAAAAACAAAACAAAACAAAAUAAAAUUAUUUCUAUCACAACAAACAAAAAUGAAUUCUGCUAUUAGGUUAUUUUCAAAUAAAAAUAUUAAUAUUACAAAAAGAACAUUUAUAAGUAUUAUAGAUGGUAAUAAUAAAUUUCAACAAAGAUUUGGACCAUUCCCAGAGUUUGUAAAGAUUGUCGAAGUAGGACCAAGAGAUGGAUUACAAAAUGAAAAAACAAUUGUACCAACUAAAGAUAAGAUUCAUUUAAUUAAUAGUUUAGCACAAACAGGUCUUUCAGUAAUAGAGGCAACAUCAUUUGUAUCACCAAAAUGGGUACCACAAAUGGCAGAUAAUAAAGAGGUAUUUGCAGGUAUUACAAAAGUACCAGGUGUAUCAUUCCCAGUAUUAACCCCAAAUAUUCAAGGUUUCAAGGGUGCUCUUGAAGCAGGUGCAAAAGAAGUAGCAUUAUUCGCAGCAGCUUCAGAAACAUUCUCAAAGAAAAAUAUAAAUGUCACUAUAGAGGAAAGUAUGGCUCGUUAUAAGGAUGUAUGCGAUGCUGCCAAAGAAAAUAACAUUAAAGUUAGAGGUUAUGUUUCUUGUGUCUUGGGUUGUCCAUAUGAAAACAACGUUCCUAUUAGUAAAGUAGUCGAGGUUAGUAAACGUCUCUAUGAUUUAGGUUGUUAUGAAAUUUCAUUAGGUGAUACAAUCGGUGUUGGUACUCCAGGUGCAACUUAUAAACUUUUACAAGCAAUGUCACAAGCCAUUCCUAUGGAGGCUAUAGCUGUUCAUUUCCACGAUACCUAUGGUCAAGCUUUAGCAAAUAUUUUAACCUCUUUACAAUUUGGUGUUUCCGUUGUAGAUAGUUCAGUUUCAGGUUUAGGUGGAUGUCCAUAUGCCAAAGGUGCUACAGGUAAUGUUGCAACUGAAGAUGUUUUAUAUAUGAUGAAGGAUCUUGGUAUUGACUGUAAUGUAGAUAUGGAAAAAUUAAUGGGUGUUAGUUUAUGGAUUUCAAAAUUAUUAAAUCGUUCCCCAAGUUCAAAGGUUUCUUUAGCAUUAUCUCAUAAAGUACAACAACAACAACAAUCACAAUCACAACCAAGCUUAUCAAAUACAUCAAUACCAAUUAAUUGCAAUACAAAUAUAAAUAAGAUGUCCACCGAAAAAGAAAAACAACAUAUAUUUUUCAGCCAAAAUAAUCAAAAAAAUCAAUCUUCAAAACUAAUUUUAUAGUUUAGUAAUAAUAUAUAUAUAUAUUUUAUGUAAUAUUUUAAUAUAUUCAUAUACCUUCUGUACAUAUCAAACAAAAAAAAACUAAAAAAAAUACAAAAUAUAUAAAAAAUAAACAAAAAAUAAAUAUCUAAAAAUUUCCUAUACACAUAUAUAAUUAGGAAUUAUUCACAAAUCU